AUGUCCCGACUCCAGAGCUCCUGGGAAAUGCACCGGCAGAGCGUGGCAUAUCUUCCAGAUACAGAUAUGGAGCCCAUGGCUGCUAGCACAUCGCUUCCUGACCCAGCCAGCGAGUUUGACAGGAACGUGCCCCGUAUCUGUGGCGUCUGUGGGGACAGAGCCACUGGUUUCCACUUCAACGCCAUGACCUGCGAAGGCUGUAAGGGCUUCUUCAGGAGAAGCAUGAAGAGGAAAGCGAUGUUCACGUGCCCGUUCAACGGUGACUGCAAAAUCACCAAGGACAACCGGCGGCACUGCCAGGCGUGUCGGCUGAAGCGCUGUGUGGACAUUGGGAUGCGGCGGGAAAUCAUCCUGACAGACGAGGAGGUUCAGAGGAAGCGUGAGAUGAUAUUGAAGCGCAAGGAGGAGGAAGCGCUCAAGGAGAGCCUGAAGCCCAAACUCUCAGAGGAGCAGCAGAAAGUUAUUGACAUACUCCUCGAGGCUCAUCGCAAGACCUAUGACCCCACGUACGCUGACUUCACCAAGUUUCGGCCCCCCAUGAGAAGCAACCCCAGCAACAGGGGGGCAGCAAGGUCCCCCUCCGUUCUCACCCAGGACUUGUCGUCGGAGGACUCCACCGACCUCUUUGGCUCCGAUGGCUUCGGCACGUUUCCAGAGUCUGUGGAGCCCCAGAUGUUUUCAAACCUGGUCCUCUCCGAGGAGAAUGAUGAGAGCUCUUCCAUGAACAUCGACUUCUCCCACCUCUCCAUGCUCCCGCACUUGGCCGACCUGGUCAGCUACAGCAUACAGAAGGUGAUUGGCUUUGCCAAAAUGAUCCCGGGAUUCAGGAACCUGGCAGCAGAGGACCAGAUCGCCCUGCUGAAAUCCAGCGCCAUUGAGGUGAUCAUGCUGCGCUCGAAUCAGUCCUUCACCCUUGAGGACAUGACGUGGACCUGUGGCAGCAAUGACUUCAAGUACAGGAUCAGCGAUGUCACCCAAGCUGGCCACAGCAUGGACCUGCUCGAGCCGCUUGUGAAAUUCCAGGUUGGCUUGAAGAAGCUGAACCUUCACGAAGAAGAGCACGUGCUCCUCAUGGCCAUCUGCAUCCUGUCCCCAGAUCGCCCAGGCGUGCAGGACACCUCGCUGGUGGAAUCCCUCCAGGAUCGCCUCUCGGAGAUCCUCCAGACCUACAUCCGCUGCAGGCACCCUCCUCCCGGCAGCCGCCUGCUCUACGCCAAGAUGAUCCAGAAGCUGGCCGACCUACGGAGCCUGAACGAGGAGCACUCCAAGCAGUACCGCUGCCUCUCCUUCCAGCCUGAGCACAGCAUGCAGCUCACGCCGCUGGUGCUCGAGGUCUUCGGCAACGAGAUAUCCUGA